GUGAAAAUACGAUAAGAGAAAGAAAAAAAAAAAACAGAGAAGGUAAGAAAAAUUCAAAGCGAGGUUCUCGGGAACCAAUCUGGAAGGAGGAGGGGUGCAGAGAGAGAGAGAGAGAGAGAGAAGCGAAGACGAUGGCGAUGAUAGGGAUGAACAUUAUUGGGCUAUUCAUGGUUCUUAUGUUGCUUCUCAUCUCCCUCAUCAUCCUUUUCGCCUGCAAGCCAUGGCGAUAUUUUUCUCGUUUCCGAUCCUCCUCUCGUUUUUCUUCUACCUUCAAGGUGGGGGAUUUGCAGAGACCACUUAUUUCUGAUGAUGGAAAUUUGAUCCAAGGACAAACCAGUGAGGUAACAAGGGAAUAUGAUUUAGAGGGAGCUUGCUACCAAAAUGAUGGACUUUUGCAUUCAUCUCUGACUGAGGGACGGUUUUACAAACAAAGGCUUCCUUCGUCAUCUCCCCAUUUCUCCCAAGGUGAAAGCUUUGUUCUAGAAGUAAUUUCUGAACCUUCUGACAAUGCUUUGGUGGGCCAAACGCUUAAACUUCCAGCUGAAAAAGGUUCCUUGGCAGAAGUGCAAACAUAUGACUGGCAGAAUAACAGAAAUGAAAACUUGCAAUAUAAUCUGGAAAAGGAUCGACUUAUUAAUCUUUCUCCGAGGCUCGUGGAAGAUCAAAGAAGUUGGCUGUUCCUGGAAGUCAUCGCGGGUCCUGCCAUUGGGCUUCAACAUGCUGUGAACUCCACAAGUUCCUCCAAGCUGCCAGUGAAACUUGGAAGGGUUUCUCCUUCUGAUUUGGCAUUGAAGGACUCAGAAGUCUCUGGGAAACAUGCACAGAUAACAUGGAACUCUACUAAAUUUAAAUGGGAGCUGGUAGAUAUGGGUAGCCUAAAUGGAACUCUCGUAAACUCUCAUUCAAUAAGUCAUCCUGAUUUAGGCAGCCGGAAGUGGGGUAACCCUGUCGAGCUUGCAAGUGAUGAUAUAAUAACUUUGGGAACAACAACAAAGGUCUAUGUCCGUAUCUCCUCUCAGAAUGAGUUUCAGAUACCCUUCAAAAUUGGUGUGGCCUCAGAUCCCAUGGCUAUGCGUCGAGGAGGCAGGAAACUUCCGAUGGAAGAUGUUUGUCAUUACAAGUGGCCGCUUCCUGGGGCUAAUAAGUUUGGACUGUUUUGUGUUUGUGAUGGACAUGGGGGAUCAGGGGCUGCUCAAUCCGCAAUCAAAAUUAUUCCGGAGGUUCUAGCGAAUAUUUUAUCAGACUCGCUGAGGAAGGAGAAAGUGUUAUCAAAAAGGGAUGCUUCGGACGUCCUUAGGGACAUGUUUGCUAAAACAGAAGCUCGCCUCGAAGAACACCAAUAUGAGGGUUGUACAGCUACUGUUCUCUUGGUUUGGAAAGACAAUGAAGAAAACUUCUUCGCACAAUGUGCCAAUCUUGGGGAUUCAGCAUGUGUUAUCCAAAACAAAGAUCUUGCGUGUUUAAAGCGUGAUCUUGGUGGCAGAUAUAUACAAAUGACUGAAGAUCAUCGAGUGGUUAGCUUGAGCGAGAGAAAACGAUUCCAAGAAGCAGGACUAGCCUUGAGAGAUGGAGAGACUCGGCUUUUUGGUAUAAACCUUGCGAGGAUGCUUGGAGACAAGUUUCCAAAGCAACAAGACAGCCGUUUCAGUGCAGAGCCAUAUAUAAGUGAGCCUUUGCGUAUCGAUCAAUCUAGUAAAGACGUAUUUGCUGUAUUGGCUAGUGACGGGUUAUGGGACGUGGUAAGUCCGAAGAAAGCUGUGCAGCUUGUACUUCAGAUGAGAGAUAAAGAGAGAGGGAGAGAGAGUAGUGCGGAGAAGAUAGCAAACGGUCUGCUGAAUGAAGCUAGAGCGAUGCGUACAAAGGACAACACCUCCAUUAUUUACUUAGAUUUCGAUACUUCCCUGUAAUGUUAGGAAACAUCUUUUAAGAUAUUUGGGAAGUGUCUUUCUUUUGUGUACCAUCUUUUUAUGUAUUAGUAUUUUUGUUAGGGUAUAAGAGAGACAAAAAAACCUCAGAUGCAGAGAUUUAGGAUGGAUCGUCUUGGUGAGCGACAUUGGUUUCAUUAUCUUUACUUAUAUAAUUAAUAAUAUUAUCAGUUAAAGUUUCUGUUUCGUAUUUUAUUCUUUGGUGAGAAUGAAUUUCAUCAGACAAUACAACUUAUCAG